AUGACUAAGAUCGACGACGAUCGAUUUGGAGUGGCCACUAGCUGCAGCACUGCUAGUCGACCGGAGGAGUGGCGUGCUGGAGGGAGCCAACUAGAGGAGUGGCACGGUGAAGGGGCUACUACACGAUCUAAGGCAUGGGUGUGCGAGGGGGUUAUGGUCGUUAGGCAUGAUGCGCGGGCAUCGACGAGCAAGCGUGUAGGGUCGGGGCACUCGGGAAGCCGUGGCAUGAGGGAGGGUCGGCUUGUGGCGGCAUGGGCGAAGCUAGGGUACGUGGAUGGUGAGGUUGGGGCAUUAGCCGGUGAUGGGAAGGCUUGGGUGAGAGAGAGAGCCGGCGAGGUAGGGGGCUUAGGCGUGUGUGGAUUGGUGCGGGCAUGCGAUCUAACUAGGGGAGAAGCCGUGGUGCCGAGGGAGGUUGGCCAAUGGCGGCUUAUGCGAGGACGAGGCGUGUGGGCAAUAGAGGUUGUGACGUGA